AUGACUGUUCUAAAGUCAGGUGCCUGUCUCAUCUGCUUGAUCAGGUGCCGCAUAGCAGAUACCCCUCCCUCUCCAUCUGCCAAUCCCCUCGCCAAAAAUCGCACACCCCUCCCCGCUCUUCGCCUUGCACACCUCCCUCUUUCUCACUACCCACCAACUCGCCCCCACACUCCCUCCUCCUCCUCCGCUUCUUUGUGCAUUCUCCCCUCGAGCAGCAGAAAGUGCCUUAAAGGAGGUGUGAUUGAAGCGAAGGGCGCGGAAGUGCGGAAGAUUGACUUGAACAACAUGGAUGAGGAAAUGGCUGAAAAGGAGCCUGCUGUUGACUCCCCUGCUAAGGACCCUCCAGCUGCAGAAAAUUCCAAGGAGCAGGAAGAGGGGUCUCAGGAGGAUGACAUUGAGUUGGAAGGGGAAGAGGAUAUUCUGCAUGCUGAAAUUUCUAAGCUGCAGGAUCAUGCUGCUGAGCAGGAUACGCGCAUCCAGCAGCAGCAGUCACUCAUUACCAACCUCAGGGGGGAGCUUGCUAACCAGGACAACAAAAUCAAGUACCUGGAAGUUGAGCUCAAGAACAUGAAGCACGACGCACGGGAGCACGUUCAUCAGCUGGCGAGACAGACCUCAAAGAUCAACGAGCUGCGCGAGGCUUUCAGUGCCUUCCGGAGGGAGACCAUGUAUCGCCCUGCACCACGAGCGGACCCGCCUGCCAACUCUGCUAGCGGUCGCACCAACCCUUCUCGCUCUGGUGGCGUGGCGGGUGACCCCGGACCUUCUACGCAGCGCGCUGCUGAGCCAAACACGCAGGUUUUUGGCUCUCUGCCGAUUACCCUGCCGCCAUUCAUCCAUGGCAAGACGGACGUGGCGGCAUGGUUGUCAAUGAUGUCCGACCUGUUCAAGGCUCACAAGGUCCAUGACGACGCUCGCGUCAUCGCUGCCACCACCGUGCUGGACCAGAAUGCACACCGAGUGGUGUAUGGCAGCAAGCUCCAGGCUGAGGCGGAUAGGAAGCCGUUUGGGUGGGAGGAAUUCGCCUCUGCACUCAAGCAAGCUUUCCAGGUCCAGCCGACCCAGCUGGAGGUGCGCAGCCGCCUUGAGAAGCUGCAGUGCGGGAACCGCACAGUUCAGCAGUACGCUGUGGAGUUCGAGGAGAUCUGGGUGCUGCAGAAACCGGCGGAACGUAUGAGCGAAGGCGAGAAGAUCCACCUCUUCUUCAAGGGCUUGCCUGAGCACCUCCAGAGCAUGCACAUGACGGAUGGGGCUGGGGAGUCGUGGAGGUCCUAUGAUCACGUGAAGCGCGUGGUGGGGACCACUGAUAAGCAUUUCCGUGCUUAUGCGAAAACUACUACCCAGCCGCAGCAGGCCUCAAGGCCGUCGUGCAGCCCUGCGGGUCCUGGCGGAAGGCAGCAGGCGCCUUGGAAGGGCGGGAACCACAAGAGGCCUUUCCAGCAGGGACAGCAGGCUGACCACAAGGCCAAGAAGGUCAACGAGGGUGGACCAAGCAAUGUCCAGAGCUGCUUCAAGUGCGGCAAGCCUGGACAGAAGGGCUACGAGUGCCGCCACCGCAAGUCGGUGAAGUACUCUGGCAAGCCCAAGACGGACAACAAGCGCCAUGAUGGCAGUGGCCCCUCGGGUGGCCAGCGGGAUUUUGCAAAGCCCAACUAG